AUGUCAUUCUACAUUUCCCUCUUGGCUGCUUAUAUCCUCGGCGGUCUCACUCUGAUACCCUUGAUCCUUCUUUCUUUGUUUAUGUUACAACCCAAGUCUUUACCCAGUACGUUGACUCCUUCUGAUAAAUUAGAAGAAGACUAUAAAGACGAAACGAUGGUGCACAGUCAUUUCUAUAAAGUUGGUUAUCUCCAAGCCACGCAAAACAUGCCAAUUCAGUCAAGGAAAGGCAGAUUUUUCAAGUCUUAUGCUACCCAUCAUCCAUACCAGCAUCAACAACAGCAGCAGAAUCAACAAUCACAACAGCCACACCAGAGCUAUCAAUGCCAACAACAACAACAACAACCACAACAGCAGCAUUUUUUCGCCGUUUUAAAGUUUAGUACGCUGUUUUUGUACGACUCUGACUUGCAGCAGGAUUGUAAAGUGGUGAUCAAUAUUAGGCAAUAUACCGUACAUAUCUACCCGCCUGGGCUUAAGGAUCACGAACUGUUUUCAAAGCGAAAUUGGAUUCACCUGAAGAGUAAAUCACAUGAUCUGACAGACUAUUACUUCAACUGUAGUCGGUGUGUAGACAAGGAAGAUUGGUACAUAGCCUUGAUGCGCGCCAGCCAGUUGGACCUUCCAUUACCGACAUUAAAGAAUACAAUGACGACACAAUUUGAUCAAUCAGCGAUGAACCAUCUGAUCUCUACUGUACAUAGCGACCCAGAACAGUUUGAGCUCCAAUGGCUAAAUGCCCUAUUAGGUCGUUUAUUCUUGGGUAUCUACAAGACAGAACGGACGCAAAACUUCUUUUACCAAAAGAUACUCACCAAGGUUGCCAAGCUAAAUGCACGUCGACCAUCAUUUCUGGAAGAAAUCACAGUACGCUCCGUGGAUGGCGGUCAUGGCGCUCCUUAUAUUACGCAGCCAAGAUUGGUUCACUUGAGCCCUCAGGGAGAGUAUACGAGCGAGAUGAGCGUGCUUUAUGAUGGGGGCUUUCGUGUCGAACUCGAGACGGUCCUUAAGUGGACCUACUCCGAUCGACUUCCUCCCAUCCGUAUCGAUCUAGUGCUUGCCAUCACUCUCAAGUCAAUCCAAGGCAAAAUGAUGGUCAAGAUCAAGGAGCCGCCGACAAAUCGUGUAUGGUAUGGGUUCUACCAGAAUCCCAAGAUUGAUUGGAUCAUAGAACCGGUUGUUUGGGAAAAGCGUAUUGGCUACUCUGUUGUAAGCAAGGCGAUCAAGUCCAAGAUUGAAGAAAUAUUCAGAGAAACACUAGUGCUACCCAAUAUGGAUGACAUUGUCUUUUUUGCAGCAGAUGGUGCAGGCGGUAUCUUUGAUGCUCAGAAACAAGCCGAUAGCAACUAUGAAUCGCUACCUGAACUUUAUUCAACACCAUCUGUAUCGCUUGCACCUAGUGAUCCCUUCCUGACGACCACAGGCAAUGAUGUCUCCACCAUUUCCAAGAAACGAUGGUUUAAUAGGACCAAUAAGGAGCCAUUUGCUGUUGCUGUGACUACAGUGGAUAUCCCAAAACCCAUCUUAUCCUCUCAUACAGCUGAUACACCCUCACAACAGACUCUUCGGUCACUCAUAGCAGCUAAAAAGCCUAAGAAAAAAGUAUCAUCGUUUCGACAUAAUCUCAUGGCUCAGGUUGAUCAUAAUCAUUUCGGACAGGACACUACAGAUAAGAAGCCAGCAUCACUCUCCUGUGUGGAUGCACUACAUUCUGUUCGACUAAGUAAAAAAAUGCUUAUGGAAAAGCCAUCAAGGCUACGGUCAAAAUCAUUACCAAUCACAGGUUUGUCAGAAAUUAAUGUUGUGCAAGAUGACAGCUACAAUAAAAAGCAACAAUAA